AUGGAAGAAGGUGACAAGAACCUCAGUCAAGGGAUAGAUAGUUAUUAUUUAAUUAAUUCUAAUCGAAAAUAUAAUUUAUCACAUCCAUCUCCAUUAGAUAAUUUGUUAUCAUUGUAUGGCCUAGAACCAAUUGCUAAAUCGCUUGCAAGAACAAAUCCCGACGGUUCGAAGGGGGUUAAAUUAAGAAAAUCAUAUAAAAAUCAUAUUCAAGAUUUACCGGGAAAGCAUCAAAUACCACCACCGAAACCAGUUCCAGGAACCUUGUUAGAUCCUUCAAUAUCGCAGGCGCCGGAUUUGAUUAAAUCAUUGGACGCAGGUCUAUUAAGCCAGGCAUUAAAGUUUGAAAAGACUUCUGUGAAUGGAAUACCUGGAUUCAAUACCUCAGAUUUGGCCAUAAAUGACCAGCAAACAUUAAUGAGAGGCGAUGACAUGUCGGAGAAUGAUGAGUUUGGUGGAUCUAAGAAGAAUAAACGUAAGAAGAAGUUGCAGCCAAAUGGCGGAGACAUAAAACGACAACAUGUAUAA